CUGUGGUCAUAUGCCAGAUUCAAUUUUUUCAUAAAUAAAUGGGAUAAGUAGCUUGAAAAAAAUUCAUAUGUUUAAUAGCAGUUUACAAUUUGCCCCUACUCUCACUCUAUAUAUUCCAAGAAAAUUAGCUUUUACCUUUUAGAAUGAAUGUUGAAUACCUUUCUGUCUGAGCAGUGCAGAGAAAUACAAUCAUAUGAAUAGACUAUAUUCGUAUUUCCUCGUUAUAUCUAUAAGACAAUUCCUGGCAGCUCCAAUGAUUGUGGAGUAGUGACAAAGUUGAAAGCAGCCAAUAGCUUGAGAGAAUUGGUAGAUUUUGCACAAGAAUAAGAAAUAUACAGUUUUUGAGUGACAGAAAUAUUACAGCUUGUAGGAGGGAGGGUACCUAACUAAUGAUGCAAAUAAUUAUUAUACCGAACUAUUAUUGGAAAUUACAAAUUACUUGGUCAUCAAAAUAAGUAGUAUCACCAGAAAUAAAAGGGUAUAAUGAGCGGGUUUGGAAGAUUUCCAAAUAAUAACUCACAAAAUGAGAGAAAAGGAAACCUAAAUGACAGACAUUAAUCGUGAGUAUUAUGAUGAUCAUAAUUGCACCUCAAUCUCUGAUAUUAUUUUGAAAGUCUGCAAUUAGAUGUAAGUGCCUACUGUUUAAUCGACGACUAUCAUUAUCUUUGUAAUAAUGAAGAUAAUAGCUGUCAAGAGAUGGGGGUUCUUGUUUAAAUAUACACAAAAUUCACUGACAGAGGAAAAGUGAGCUAGUCUUUCCCAAAUCGCAAAAGUGAAAGUGACGACGUAAGAUUCGCCAACAUUGAAGAGGGAUUCAACAAAAACGGUUUUGGAGUUUUGCUACACAGUAUUUGAAGACGUAAUCUCUAAACAUUGAGUUCUUGGAACAAAAACAGAAUUAGAUAGCCUAUUCGACUGUGUGUGACUUCUCAGAGCUCAACAAGAUUUAAUCGAAAUUUAAAUAGCUGACAAGGCAAAAAGAGAAGGGGAAAAAAUCCAGAAGGUAUGCCUGUUACAGGAAGGAGAGACAAGGCGAUGGAGAUUACAUCUUUUGUAAGAAAGUUUAUUAAUCUAAUAAUAUUUGAGAAGCCUUCAAAAUCGCAUCCAUUUAUAAUUCUAAUGGCAAUGAGCCUUUUUCUGCAGGCCAAUCUUUUGCUGGGUCUUCGAGUUGCUCUAAAAGAAAAUUCUGAAAAAACUCUCCAAGGACUGACAGACUGUAUGAUAACGAUGAUGAUGGCUGGCAAUUUAAUCAAACGCAGUAUCAAUAAUGAAGAAGUCACGAAAUUGCUAGAGCUUAUUGAAAGUGACAUUUCCUCCAGCCACUAUGGUUUGAGAGUCAGAAAAAAUUAUUUGUGGAGAAAAAUUCAGAAUUACUGUCGGAAGAAGAGGAAAGAUAUGAGCUCUUUGUCAAGAAAUGUGAAAAUUAUUAUUUUUAUUUGUGGAUUUGCAGUUAUCAACCGAAAUAUAAUUAUCCAUUUCUCUGGGUUGACAACUCCAGAAAAUGAGUCUAUCGACUGGCCAACUCCUCUGUUGAGCUAUUGCUCUCCUGAACUCAAAUCUCCAAUAUUUUUCCUAUACUUCUAUUCCUUUCAUAGUUUAACAGUGUCAAUAUAUUUCACAGAAGGAUUCGUGAUUGUAUUUUUGGUAACCCUUUCCAUAGAACGCUUACUGGCCGAUUUUGACAUACUCAUCAUUCUUUUGGACGAUCUUGUACAAGUUUCUUUAGAGCCAGGUCUCAAUGCUGACUCUAACAACAGUUCGCAAGGAAUUGAUCAACAGAACAUCUCACAUUCCACAGAAAAAACAGUACAUCUAAGAGAAGAUGUGGCUCAUAUUGUUCAUCACCAUCAAACUCUUAACAGAAAUUUUAUAGUUUGUGCUGAUGGCUCAGGAUAUAUGAUUUCAAUGAUAAAUAUAGUAAUCAUGAUAUACUGCUGCACCAUGGCUUACCUUAUGCUAACAACCAAGGAUUUGAAAAAGAGGAUGAAUUUUGCUUUGUCAUUCGUCUUGGUAAGCUUAACCAUAUUCUCCGCUUAUCAUAAUGGUCAACGCAUUCUCAACCAGAACGACAUCUUGCGCAGAAAGCUAGCAGAGCUUCCUUGGACAGACAGGCCGUACUGGUUCAAGCAGACUCUCCAUAUUAUGAUGACACGAGCCAACGUCGAUAUUCAGAUGCGGCCUUUCGGCGUAUACACGCUCAACUAUGUGUCCUUCAAAGACUUGAUGAAAUCCACGUACUCCAUUGGAAAUAUUCUAUACACGAGGAAAAUGGCCAGUGAGAAACAAUAAUAAUAUGUAACACGUUGUUUCGAAUAGGCUACGUAUUAUU